UGGUUACAUUUUAUCUGAGAUCUUAUAAGUAAUCCAUGUUUGUUCUACACAGUCAGAACUCAAAAGAGCCAAGAGCAAAUCUGGGUGAAUAGCCAAUUAGAAUGCAAUGUCUCCGCCAAGUCUGGAGAAUGACAAAACUCUGGACUGUGGCAUCAACAUCCAGGUCUCUUAAAGUGACAAACCUACACCGAUCUAUGAACACACUGCAACAGAAACAGCAGGUGAUGGCAGAGGCCAAACCAUGGGGUCUAAUCUCAGAGGUGGGGGAUGAAGGUUUUCAAGAGAGUGUCAUCGACAUUAUUGAAAAGCAUUUCCACAUCAUCUGCCUUAAGGAAUUUUUUAAAAACCCCAUGCUGCAUGGCCCUAAAAUCCAGGCCCUGCUUAUGUGGAACUGCAGCCCUGCAGCCGAGCCUUCCCUGCUGAGCUGUCUGCCUUCGCUGAAGGUGGUCGCCAAUGGAGGUGUGGGUAUAGAUCACCUAGAUGUGCCGUACCUUAACAGCCUCGGUGUGAAGGUGGCCAACACUCCCGGUGUGGUGAGCGACGCCACUGCAGAUAUGGCCAUGGCUCUCCUUCUGGCUUCAGCACGGAUGGUAGUGGAGGGCCACCUAAUAUCAGUCGAUCCUAAAACCACCCAUGUGCCUCAAAGCCUUUUGGGAGUUGAGGUCACAGGGUCAACUUUAGGGAUCAUUGGAAUGGGAAACAUUGGAUAUAAAGUUGCUCAGAGAAGCAAAGGUUUCGACAUGAGGAUUCUUUACCACAACAGAAACAGAAGGAGUGUUGAAGAUGAGCAGGCAGUUGGAGCUAGUUACUGUGAGAAACUUGAUGACCUGUUGAAAGAGUCCGACUUCGUGGUGGUGGUGGUGAACCUGACCCCUGACACCACUGGUCUUAUCAGCCAUAGAGAGCUGUCACUCAUGAAACCCACAGCAACACUCGUAAACGUCAGCAGAGGUCUGGUUGUGGAUCAGGACGCUCUGGCCAAAGCUCUGAAGUCUGGAACCAUCCGAGCUGCAGCCUUAGACGUGACUCACCCUGAACCUUUACCCAGGGAUCAUCCUCUCCUCAGCCUUCCUAAUGUGCUGAUAACACCCCAUAUUGGGACAAACACUAAUGCAACAAUAAGAAAGAUGGUGCAGCUGAUGGUAGACAAUGCUUUGGCAGGAGUGAAAGGCCUACCUCUUCCCAGUGAAGUCAAACCAAAAUAAAGUUUUCUUCUGUCGACAAGGUCAAGAGCAUUAUUUUGUUUGUGCCUAUUAUUUACAACUUUCAUACUUAAACAUCAAUUCUUGUAAAGUUUGAGCUACAACCACAACAUGCUGUUAGUUUAAGCCUUGUUGUUUCCAGUUUUUCCAUUUUAUUUUUUUAUUGUCAUUACACUGUCACAAUUACAGAACAAUGAAAUGCAUUUAAUCCAUCCCCUUAGGGAGCAGUGGGCUGCCAUUGUGUGACACCCGGGGAGCAGUGUGGGGGUUAAGGGUCUUUCCUCAGAGAGCCAGAGUGGUAAUCUGUGGGAUUGGGGCUCGAAUUCAGAACCUCAGGAUUCCAAGCUCCAUACCCUAACCACCAGCCCAUCACUACCCUAAAAAAACCAGGGAGAAUAGCAGAGCAGAUACAGUAAUUUUGCUAUAUUUCCUUAUAAUUCAAAAGUUAAUUUUUAUUUUAUAUAUAUAAAAAACCUAAUUGUAAUGUUUUAAUGCAUAGCAUUUUGCCUGCAAUGUGAAUUUAGUGUAUCUACAAUUAUUGAUAUGGUGUUCCAAGUUUUGUUAGAUUAAAACCAUUGUUAAAUAUAACAUUUCUUUCUUUGUGUCUUGUUUUUGUCACAGGACAAGGGAUAUAGCAGCAUCUUAAAGUUUUUUUAAUUAUUUAAAUAAAGCUUUAUUUUUUAUUUGGAAAACAAGUUAAUUUAAAAUGUUAUCAUUAUGUAAGGUUUCAAAAAAGAACAGCAACAGCCACUUAUGGGAUGGAAAAAUGUUGUGAUUUUUAUUUCUCUUUCUAACAUUUAAAUUUAGACUAUAAUGUAAUGAAUUGUUUUUAAUUAAAAAACAAACAAAAAAAUUACUCUAUAUACACCACUUAAGUCAUAAAUAAAUUGUAUCUGCACAUGUAGAGUAACUGAUGUUACUCAUAACAAAGGCAAAUCAAUUUGUUUUAAGGAAAAUUGUAUUUUACAAAAUGUCCAUAUAGAGCUUGAAACCACAUGUCUGUUUAGAUCUAUUCACUCAGUUAUGAAGCUUAAUACCUUUGUUUCAAUAUGUUUGCAUUUUUCUCCCAAUAAAGUGGGUCACAGCAGUGGGGUAAUUAAAAAGCUUAAUUUGACAUUAUAAAAUAAAUGUUUAUAUUUCUGAAAUAGUCAGUGUUCUUAAUAUGUCCCUGCUUCAUAGAUCUUCAAGAAAGAGCUCAGAGGAAGUUAAGUGUUAAGGGGACAGCUACUUUCGAGUAUAUUUAAUAAUAUUGAGUCAGCAUUGUUUCAAUGUCAUUUAUAUCAUAAAUUUCAUAGUUUAUAGAUUUUAGCAUUUUUGAAUGGUAGAAAAUCAUAUUUUAAACUCAAAAUACAGCCCUUGCCCUUCAUAACUGAGUGUGGGGACAAAAACUUUUGUGGUGGUUUGGGUUCUAAAUAAUGUAUUAAAAAGCAAAUACGAUUAAGUUGAUGAAACCAACUUGUUUGAA